AUGAUCCGUGCUGUUUCGAAUAACCGGGGCAACCGAAUAAACGAAGCUCAAUCAUUUUUCCCUUGCUGUCAACGAAUCCUAGCAGUUUGCAGCUCAGUCUCGCGAAAAUGAUUGCCAACGCUACCGUACCCCGAUUGGCCACCGCUGCCGCCCAAGCUCUUCAGCGCCGCACGUACUUCUCCGUGACGAGCAGCCUGCCCCAGGUUCGCGUAUCGCUCGUGGAGAAAACCGCCCAUGGUCUGGCCAUCUUCGGCGGUGUGAUUGCCUACCCGAUCUGGGUCAUUGCUCACGUCCGUGAGUACAAGGGAGGCAACUAAAUGCUUUGUUUGGCGAUCGAACGUUCUAGUGAUACACUACUGUAAAACAGGCAAUCCGCUAGAUUCGGUAUGUCCCGGCAGGUGGUUGCAGAUCAACAUGUAAAUUUUGAUCUCGGUAUGAAUAAAAGCAUGUACCCUGGCGGAUCGUAACAUA